UUUUUCUGUUUGGUGCCUCGCGCGCUCCUCUUAUUUCGGCAGAAAGUAUAUCCCAAUGCAAAAUUCAGGCGUCCCCUCCCCGGCGAACACAGUAACGGAAAUGGCAGAGAACACCGACAACUACGCCAGCGGCAACAACAGCAACGGCGACACCAACAACAACCCCAACGGCGCCAUCAUCUCUCGCGACGCCAUUGACCAGGUCGCCGGCUGGGUCAGCGCCACCGUCGUCUCCGCCUUCUUCUCCUCCCUCGAGCGCUUCUCCUGCGUCGUCGUCUCUACCGCCAACCUCGACGACGACAGCGACGACGAGGACGGUGCCGCGGAUCGCCCUCCUCCCAGCUCAGCGCCCGCCGCUGCCCCCGUCGCCGACGCUGGCGGCCAGAGCGACGUCGCCAAGGCCUCCGUCUGAUCGGUCUGGGUUCUGUUUGGCGGUACAAUGGGACUGCCUCUUGUAAUCAUAGUGAACUUCUUUCCCUUGCUGGUUUGGACACUUUGUUCCUAAUG